CUUUGUCUUUGAAGCUGAACGUAAACUUCUUUAUAACGUCUAUUCCAUAUUGCUUAGAACAACUUGUCAAAGUGUUUCAUUGAGCAUAUAUUUUUUUUUUCUUGCAUUUACGAGAUUCCUCUACAACUGACUUGAAAGAUGCUCUUUCGUUUCGGCACAGUUGCCCUAUUCUACAGUUCUUUGCUGGCAUACUUGGGGGUUGCAAUACUAUGGAAACCUGAAUUCGUAAUUGAAAGUGGUCUUUCAGCAUUAAUUGGAGCUUCGAUGGAUCUGAAGCCUUUAGUGAGCGAUGCAAACAACCAACCAGCUUUAUCAUUUAUAGGUAUUCUUUUUCUCGUGCUUUCAUUAAUGCACACCGUAGCUCAUUUACAACAUAAUGUAUUGUACUUCAGUGCUAUGAUCCCUUUCCGUGCUAUAUUUGACUUUAUUUUCACAGGAUUCAUUUACUUAAAGAAGGAUCACGUUCUCAGUAAUAAUGUUACCUUUACCUUUGCUUUCUGCGAUCUUAUGUGGCAGUUCUGGCUCUACGCUUCGUUGAAUGAAGACAAGGCCAAGUUUGCCAAGAAAAUGAAAAAGGAAGCUGAGGCUGAGAAAAAUAAACAGUUAACUGAAUAAAUGUUUUGCUGUUGGUCUUUCCAAAAUACCUGCUAUAAUCCAGAACCUAUCUUAUAAGUAUCGAGAAGAGGAGAUUACAACUAUUGUUAAAGCCGGUGAUGCAUUCGUUAAAAGACAGAAUCUACGAUAAAAUAAUUGACAUUUAUACCAAUGAUAUAAGAUAAUUAUUAAAAUAGAAUCUAGGGUGCUCUAUAAGAGACGGUAGGCAUCAAUCAAAAUACGUUAGAGUAGUAAAACAGAUCUAAGGAUUAC